AUGGAGGCCGGAAGCAGCAGUAAUGGUUCUCUGAAUUUUGCAGGGAAAAGUCGCGGCUGCCCGAGGUUCAGACCGUUCAAGUGUCCAUCUUCAGAGAAACUCAUGUGCAUCGCUAUUCAAUACCUCUGCGAUGGAGCACCUGAUUGUCCUGACGCUUAUGAUGAAGAUCCAAAACUCUGCACUGCUGCUCGCCGUCCACCAGUGGAAGCUACUGCGAGUUUCCUGCAAUCAUUGCUCGCAAGCCAUGGACCGAACUACCUGGAGAAAUUGUUCGGGAAGAAGGCCAGAAACGCUCUUGGACCACUCGGAGGAGUGGAGAAGGUCGCCAUCGCUCUUUCUGAGUCGCAGACGAUUGACGACUUCGGAACGGCUCUGAACCUAAUGAGGUCCGACAUUGACCACCUGAGAUCUGUAUUCUUGGCUGUCGAACACGGCGACCUCGGCCAUCUCAAGUCUCUCGGCAUCAAGGACUCAGAAAUCGCUGACGUCAAAUUUUUCCUGGACAAGCUCGUUAACACCGGCUUCCUCGACUGAAUCUCCGAAUUCAGUCUUCAGCUUCUCUUUUCGUGUUUAGUUGGUCGAGGAUCAUUCGCAAACCCCGAAAGCAAUCAACUCAUUUUAUGCAACUCCGAAUUUCCUCUGUAGAAUCAAACCCCCUCCCUAAAAGAUAAGCGUCGCGUUUCCUAAGAUAUAAGAGAAAAUGCGUCUAAGAUUAAGAGACGAGUUCGUGGAGAGAAUAAGUCAGCGCUAAAAGCUCUGGGACAUUUUCGCAACCGAUUUUCUACUGCGUUCCGGAUGUAGAAUCAUUUGCCGGUUAGCUUCGGUCCCAUACACGCCAUGUCAAACCGGUAAUUCCGAGGUGGAGGCAAUAUUUUAUUUUUGGAACAUUUCGUUCGUCGUCUUUCAACUCGAAGACUCGACGAUUCCGCAGCACCACGCAUACCUCGCAGAUAUGGACGAAAAUAACGCGGCAUCAGCAGCUUCAUCGAAAAACGCCAUUCGGUUAUUUGGUCGAUGCACUGAAUGUCCCAAGAAGCUUCGCUUCUUUUUUUCCCUUCUUCGUGGGAUCUCGGUCCCGACUUCGCUCCCCAAAAUAAGUCCGGAGAACGGAGGAAAAAGCAUGAUACUCGUAGCACAACAUUCUUUCUCUUUGGAUCCCGUUCUUCGCGGCUCACCUUCCGCAUACAAAUCGCAUCUCGCCGUUUGGAGUAAUAUGGAUUUCAUUCAAUAAAUGUUCGCGGUCGAGUAGUGUGCACAUGCGAGCCUCGUUUCAGCCGUGUUCAAGCGCCGACCUGGGUUCCCUCGCGGCAUUUGGGAUGCGCAACCCGAGAGUCUUUCACCUGAUAGGCUGCAAGCGGAGCCAGACCACGGUUGCGUCGAUAGUAGAUGUUCAACUUCGGCCUCUAGCGUCCGUGCUCACCUACUGUCGCUAAUACGGCUGCUCUCGCUCCUGCUCUCAAUGCCUCCUCUGCGUUUCCGCGCACUCGUUCCCCGGGGAGAAGAGCAGAACGGCACAAGUCUUCUUGGUUAAGUGCUGUCGCCCGUUUGAGAUUCCACACUCACCAGAUUGUUCACCGGGGCUCGCAGCCAGCCGUGACUGAGCACGACGUUCACAUACCCCAGGGAGCCGAAUCACCGUAAUGCUCCCGAAUCGUCUUUCAGGCCAGGUUACCGGGCUCCUUAGUCGCGAUGCGCUUUACACGCCUGUCCUGCGCUUCUUUUUUUGUCUUUUUUUGGCGAGCAACUCGUUAGCGAGACGGAUGUUCCGAGACCUGGGAAAUGCAUGUUUUAGCUAUUAUAUCCGGUUUGCUUCUGCUUUUGACGGCUCAUUUUGUAGAGGAUCGAACGAUGUCCAGGUGCGUUACCGUGAAGUGGCCGAGUCCCCUCGCCGUCGGAUUCUGAGACGAUUGAGAAGAACACAAUAGGCAUGUCGUGUCAAGAAAGGAAAACUGAUGACAGAGCCGAAAUGAAGCUGACUGAAAUCUGGCCAGA